GUCAAGCUAAGCAGGGAAAUGUCUACACAUCGAGAAUGGAUGUAUAAUAGGCUUCUUCCUGGUCGAGAGGCAUACACAAAUGAGUUUUUAAGUGGCCUUGAAGAGUUUAUGGCUUUUGCUUGUCGACAACCAAAUUUGAGUGAAGGAAAAAUACGAUGUCCAUGCAAGGAAUGUAAAAAUGAGAAUGGUGCAUCUCUUCACACUGGUGGAUCAAUUCCUCAUCGUUUGCAUUGGAAGAGAAUGAAGGAGGAGAAAGGAGCAAAUCCAUCAUUAACUGAGUUUUAUUUUCGUACGCAUCGAAGAAAAAAGGACCAAAGUUGGGUUGGUCUUCAUGCAAAAUUGGCCUUUGACAAAUUUGAACAAAGAAAACGUGAGUUAACAUCUCAAGGCAAUAUGGAGAAUGCUAGUGAUGGUGAACAAUCCAUUCACGAAAAUCCAUCUGAUUGGGAUAUAUGGAUUGACUCAGUUGGUAAGAAAAAGGGAAGGGUAUUUGGUCUUGGAUCUGUGGGUAGAAUGUUUAUUUCAACCUCAAGUCAACAGUUACAUUUUGAGGAAGUUGAUACUUUAAGAAGUCAGAUUCAAGCAUUAAAUGAAUCAUUACAAAGACAAGAAGAAGAAAAGGUAGAAAUGAAAAGAGAGUUGCAAAAACAAAGAAAAGAUAAAAUAGAAAUGAGAAAAGAGUUGACUGAGACAAAAAAUCAAGUAAUAGCUUUAAUGCAACAUUUAGGAUAUGUGGCAUCCUCUUCUCAUCAAUCUUUAUCAUCUCCACAUACCAAUGAGGAUGAGGAUGACAACGAUAGUGACCAUACAGAAGAUGGUUAUUGA